GCCGGCAGGAUUCUGGAGCGCCUUGGGGUGACCCUGUUUCCGCGGGAGCCGAUUAGAUUUUUCGGCGAGGCGGUGGAAAAUGUGAUUAAUAUGAGAGGAAGCAACAAUGAAGAGGCGAAACCAGCGGACUUUCUUCAGCUGAUGCUUAAGUCACACAACGAAGACCUGGACAAGGAAGUACCGAGUAACAUCAUCAAGCAUGGUGUUUCCAAGAAAGAAAUCAAGGCCAACGCCGUGCUGUUCUGGGCAGCCGGGUACGACACGACAGCCAACACCAUCUCCCUCACAGCCUACAACCUCGCACUCAACCAGGAGGCACAGGACAAAGUCAUCCAGGAGCUUGACAGUGUGAUUGAAAAGAGGGGAAGGAUAGACUACGAGGCCGUCCAGGAGAUGCCGUAUUUGGAGAUGUGCAUCAACGAGACCCUGCGGCUGUUUCCUGCUGCUCAGAGGAUUGACCGCGUUUGCAAAGAAGAUACCGAGGUGAAAGGCCUGCACAUUCCGGCAGGCAUUGUCGUCAACGUCCCCGUCUGGGCAAUUCACCAUGAUGCAGACAUCUGGCCAGAACCCGAGACGUUCAAACCUGAGAGGUUCACUAAGGAAGAGAAGGAAUCCCGUGAUGCUUACGCCUUCCUCCCGUUCGGCUCCGGACCCAGGAACUGUGUGGGCAUGCGCCUUGCCAUGCUGGAGCUCAAGUUUGUUCUGGCUAAAGCCCUGGAGAAGUUUCGCUUCGUCACCUGUGACAAAACUGUGAUUCCUGUCCGCAUCAAGAACACCUUGGCCAACCAGAUUGACGGGGAACUCUGGCUGAAAGUGGAAUCUCGGGCUUCAGUUAUCUAAGGGUCUGAUCAC